CCUUUGAAACUUACUAGCCAAUUUCUGAUCCCCUGCUUUUUGCUUCUGUCAGUAUUUUCAUAUCAGGCGGCGAAUGAAGCUCUGACACCAAACUCUCCAUGGCGUCGCAUGGACGGAGAACAACGUGCUCACCUUUUGCUAAAAGUUGCAAAUUUCAUUGAGAGGGAUAAGAAUAUUCUUGCUUCACUUGAGUCACUUGACAAUGGGAAGCCGUUCAUGACAGCGUACGAAGUCGAUCUUCCAUUAUCGAUCGAGUGCAUCAGGUACCUUCAAUUUAAUUGCUGUUUGCAUACAGAGAGCUCUGUAUUGAAAGCAAUGGCUCGGAGGCAUUACGCAAACUAUGCACGCAUGAUGGGAGAUGCACCGACAGCACCUAGAGUAUGUGGGGAAAUCAUUCCGUGGAUUUCGCCUUUACUUUCACUUACGUGGAAGUUUGCGCCAGCUCUAGCUACGGGCAACACGGUUGUGAUGAAACUGCCAGAGCGAACGCCACUGUCUGGGCUGCAUGUGGCUGGCCUUAUACGAGAGGCCGACUUUCCUGACGGCGUUUUCAAUGUAGUGGUAGGCGUUCGUGCAAAAGCUGGUCGAGCGCUCGUCACUCAUAAAGAUGUUGACGGAAUGGCUUCCAUCAAGUUUUUAAGAAAGGCCAUCGAAGAAGCCUCUCAAUCCUCGAUUAAAAAGGUCCCCAUAGAGGUCAACGCCCGAAGUUCUUGCAUUGUGUUCGCUGAUUCAAAUUUGAAGCUCGCCGUUAAGCAAGCUCACUACGGCAUAUUUUUCAGCAAUGGCCGCGGAUACUCUGUCGGCUCAAGGACGUUCGUCGAGUCGAAGGUGUACGACGAAUUUGUAGAUCGAUCAAAAGACUUAGCUGAACGAUUAAUUGUUGGUGAUCCAUUCGAACCAUCAACGCAGCAGGGACCACAGAUAGACGGCCAUCAAGUAGAAGAAAUUCUGCGACACGUUGAGAGCGGAAAGCGUGAUGGAGCUCACUUGGUCACAGGUGGAACAAAGUGGGGUGAUCGCGGUCAUUACGUCUUGCCAACGGUUCUAGCUAAUGUUGAUGAUCACAUGGCCAUAGCCAAAGAAGAGGCGGACAAAAUGUGUUUCGAAUACGUCUCCCACUAUCUCGUCCACGAAGUCAGUACUCCCUCUUGUUGUGAUGAGUGCUCAUCACAUCCCAAGUGCUACGGCACAGCCAGCAGUCGUUCCCCAGCGAUCGCAUCUACAUGCAGUUGUGCAGACAGAACAACAGUUGUCGCUAACAAACAUCUGACUUAUUUCCAACUGGUAAUUGAUCCUGCUCACGCUCUCCCUAAAAGCUCGUGGGCAAUUACACCGCGAAGUCAUAGGAUUGGUCUCUUAUUGCAAGCUGAAGUGCAGUUCACUUUUUACUGUACAUUUUUUCAGAUCAUAGGACCUGUUAUGAAGUUGAUCCGUUUCGAUUCGAUGGAAGAUCUCCUUGAAAAAUACAGUGUCGCACAGAACUCUCAGCCUGUUGUGGUGAUCACGAAGGACGCGGACAGGGCGAGAUUCAUUGCCCAGCAUACUUUGUCUGGAUCAUUAUGGUGA